AUGGGCCUCCGAGGCGUGCGCACCACCCGGCUGCAGGCGCUUGCAGCCGCGGUGGCCGCGACCUGGUGCUGGGGCUGCUGCGGGGUGUUGAGCCAGGCAUGGCUUCUGCCGCAGGCACCUGCCGGCCGCCGUGAACUCCUCGGCGCGGGCUUGGCAGGCUUGGGCUUGGCGAUAGAGGCCGAGCCGGCUUUGGCAAGCGGCGGAUCAACCGCCGGCAAAUACUCCACGAUCCCGUCGGGGAAGCGGAGGUUCUACGGGCGCGUUAAACAAGGCCUCUACCAGUACUUGCAGAUGGAGCCGGCCAUCAAGGCUGGCAACUUGAAGGACCCCUUGAUCGAGGAUUUCUUCAGCAAGAACAUCAUCAAAGUGAAGGGAGGCGAAGACAUUAAGAACUGUGGCUUUGGCGCCAAGUGCAAAACGAAGGAGAAGAGGACCUCUCGCUGGCUGGAUUUCAAAACCGCCAGUGACCUGCUGGCUGGAGCUUUCAGAUAUAGUGCUGAGGACAUUCCAGAAUACCUGCCCCAGGUGAAGAUUAUCCGAUCCUUUGCGAAGAAGGUGGAGAAGAUGGAGGCGGCAAUUGAAGCUGGCAAUGCGGAAGAGGCUCAGCAGCUCUAUGCAAAGUCCAAGCUGGACUUGAGCAGGUAUCUUCCGCAGGUAGAGCUCGAACCUCUGGAUUCUCAGGACUACACCCAUCCAUGGGACACGCGUCCAGAGGUGAUCUGCCAGGGAACGUUCUGCGUGUGA